CAAGCGAACUAAAACCUACAAGAAAAGAAGAGAAACUGUGAGAGUGUUCUGUGUAUCCGUCUCCCAACACAACAAAACAAAACAAAACAAUGUCGCAAACCGUUCAUCUCGUCGUCGCCAACAACGUUGGUUGUGGAAUGCCAGAAGACAAGUGUUUCCCGUGUUCACGUGGUUUUGGAAGAACAACUGUUGCAUAUUCAUGCACUUCUCUAGGUCGUCGUAGAAUUCAUUCUCAUGCCAAAAUUGGAGGACUAAAGUAUGGUUCAACGGCUGCAUCUUUUGUAUGUGAAGCAAGGAGGAACUCAGAUUUCUCAAGGCAAAACAAUAGGCAUGGGUCGUCAAGAGGCAGAAAUAGGAACGAUGAUGGGAGAGAUAUCUUUGAGAAUUUUGAAGAAGAAGAUAUGUUAUCUUCAAAAAAUGGACCAUUAGUAUCGUAUAAUUCAGGGAAAUUCCAGGCCACUUCAUCCCCUGGCCCCAGAGAGAAGGAGAUUGUUGAAUUAUUUAGGAAAGUUCAAGCUCGGUUGCGUGAGAGGGCCGCUGUUAAAGAAGAAAACAAAGUUGAAACACGCCGAGGGCAUGUUAAAGAGCAAAGUGCUGUAGAUUCCCUCCUCAACCUAUUGAAGAAACACUCUGUUGAGCAAGGAAAGAGAAGUAAUGGAGAGGACAAUGGAAAAGACCUUAACUCUGACCAAUCGCAAGAAAGUAACCAAUACAAUGGAAGACAAAACUCUAAAUUUUCUGAUUCAGGUGCUCCAAAGGGCGAGUCUCGAGAAGCCGACGUUGCUUCUUCGGCUCGGCCUCGGUCAGUUUUCCAAAGAAAGUCUCCUGUUCCACGUGUUAGGUACCAGCCUGUCUCUAAUAACGUGGCUGAUACUAAUGCAGUACCAAUAGGUACUGAAGAUAAUGAGAACAUUCAUGAUCAAUUAGAUUCGAAACUUGAUGACGAGCCAGAACCUAAAUUUGAGUCUGACAUUGAUCUUGAUACAAAGGAUGAGACGUCCGUCCCUGAAUUUUCAGAUGAUGAUUCUGAUGACUCUGAACAAACCUAUAAUAAUGAGGGUGUGGAUGAGCAUGUAGUGGUUCAAAAUGAGGAUUUGAAUGCACUGAAGAUGUCUGAAUUAAGGGCACUUGCAAAGUCUCGUGGCAUGAAAGGGUUCUCCAAAAUGAAGAAGGGAGAUCUCGUGGAGCUACUAACUGAGAACUGAUUCUGAGUAAACGGUACGAGAAGGAAAAGGAGUGCUAGAACGGAUAAACAAAUUUCAUGAUAAAAUAUAUGUUUUUCCUCUGCUUUUAACCUGAUGCUUCUUUUAGUUCUUUUCUUUUUAGAAUUUUUUUGAUAUAAAUAUUCCAAUCCAAUUACCUGGGUUUGAGUGUUAGUGGGUCAUUAGAGUAAUCCCCGUGUCUUUGCCUUGUUGGUUUUAAAAAUUUGUAGUUUGUGUUCACAUUCUGAGAUAUGUGAAUUAUUUUCAGUGACUCAAUCUUGUGGCUUGUAGUAAUUACUCUUAUCAGGCUAGGGAAUUUUACCAUCAUUAUCCUUAUGUGCUUUGGUUCUGUCUCUCUUUUGGUUGUCCGGCUUAUGGAGUAAAUUGUUUUCCA